AUGGGAUUCAAGGAUAGCAAAAUGAGUGAUUUAAAUUUUCUUCCAAAGAAACACACAAACUUUACAAUAGAGAACAUUCUGCUGAAAAAUAGCGACACUAAUCAGAGAACAAAUGAUUUCGAACAAAAAGUGGAUCCACCUGUGAAAACACGUGUAAAACACGAGCAAGAUGAAUUCAAAGCAUCCCCAGCUGCAUUGUCUCCGUCGUUACCAUUAUCUGCACUUGCGUCGCCGUCGUCGUCAUCGUCGUCGUCCAACCAUCGUCCACUCAAUCGAGUUCUAGCCAAUCCUUGGUGCUCGAGGGGACCGUUAAUGUUUGACCCAAAGAUAGUGGUAGGUGCGAAACCAACGACGACCAUCGAGUCAACUGCAACUUUAGUGGAAACGUCAUCGCCUGCGUCGUCUUCCAGUGGCGGCCCAUUGAUACCGUUGAUAAAAGCGGAAGUGGAGAGAAAAGUAGUGCUAAGCGCGUAUGCUAAUAAUGGUGUAAUUGAACGAAACAGAUUAUCUAUCAAUUAUCCCUAUCCGGUUGGAUUUUUCAACGCAGCCUAUGCUGCCGCGGCGGCGUCGUCGAUAGCAACUCAUCAUCAUCUUCAUCAACAGUCGCAGCAUCAACAGCCGCAAACUGCGUCGUUACAGCAUCCACAAAAUGUCACGAUGCCUUCAGUAUCGGUACUUAACAGCUUAUACGAAAUUGAGAAAAGUGACGAAAAUCAGAACAGUAUCUUUAGUGCAAUAAGUAGUGCCUCGAGUGGCGUCGGUAUCGAUGUUACCAACGGUGAAAUGCAUCCUUUUUUCGGACUGGAUACCAGUGAAAUGUUAGGAUACAACUUAGCAUCAAAGGUUACGACGUCUGUGAGACCGAUUGCACUUGGAUUCUCGGAAUACUCUUUCCGGUGUCAAAUCUGUGAUAAGAUCUUCGGUAGCCAGGACACACUGAUGAUGCAUGAAAAGACACACAAGACACCACGCUUCGAGUGCGAAGAGUGCGGAAAAGGAUUUUCACAAUUGCGGAAUUAUAAGUACCACAUUUCCGUUCAUCGCGGCACAAAAGAGUUUGCUGCUAAAUGUCCAGAGUGCGGUAAAGUUUUUAAUGACAAAGGGUAUCUCAGCAGUCAUUUGAAAAUCCAUCGGAACAAAAAGGAAUACGCGUGUCCCCACUGUCCAAAGUCUUUCAACCAGCGCGUUGCGUUCAACAUGCAUGUUCGAAUUCAUACUGGUGUGAAACCACAUAAAUGCAGUGAAUGCGGUAAGAGAUUUUCCCGGAAAAUGCUCCUAAAGCAGCAUCUGCGUACUCAUUCUGGUGAGAAACCGUAUCAGUGUUCAGUAUGCGGUAAAAGUUUCGCAGAUCGAAGCAACAUGACUCUGCACCAUCGAUUGCACUCGGGAAUUAAACCAUUCGCAUGCCCAAUAUGCCCGAAAGCAUUCACCAAAAAGCAUCACUUGAAGACGCAUCUAAACUACCACACGGGGUACAAACCUUAUAAGUGCCCGCAUCCUAAUUGCGGCCAAACAUUCACGCAAUCCAGCAAUAUGCGGACACAUGCCAAAAAAUGUCAAUUUAAACCAGCUGAAAUGGUGUGA